UACUUAAGGCAACUGGGGAAGUCCAAACGCCCCCCCACCCGCUCCGAAAAUAACUGUGCUCUGCCUACCACGCAACCCUGCUGCCUGCUGCAACCUCCAGCAGCAAGCAACGCCGUCGACGAGACGCAAAAACCGCUUCACCACUCAAACGAUUUAACAAAAAACACACGCGCGCCGCGGACAGAGGACAACAACAUGGGCACUCCGCAGAAGUUUGUGUCAAAUAUAGAAGAAGCAAUGCUGUUGGAAAUAUUGAAGAAGAAGCUGGCAUUUCUGUCAGGGGGCAAAGAUCGCCGCUCCGGCCUCAUCCUGACGAUUCCUCUCAACUCGGAUCAGAACAACAUCGACGAGAUCAACGUGACGCUCAACUAUCUCCUCAGUAUUCCCAGUGAGAAGUGCAAGUCCCGUGGCUUCACCGUGAUUGUCGAUGGGCGGAAGGCUGCGUGGAAUCUGGUGAAGACGGUGGUGCUGACGUUACAGAACGUCAUCCCGGCGGAAGUGUCCCUCGUGUGCGUCGUGAAGCCCGACGACUUCUGGGACAAGAAGUUCACGCACUUCUGCUUCUGGAAGGAGAAAAACAGGCUUGGCUUUGAGGUGAUCCUAGUAUCCGCUAACAAACUGACGCGCUACAUAGAGCCAUGUCAGCUGACGGAAGAGUUUGGAGGAACGCUGAAGCACAAUCACGUGGACUGGGUUUCUAAGCGCAUGGCGUUUGAGAAGUUCGAGAGAGACUCCUUGACGCUGCUCAGCGAGAUGGCACGAGUGAUGAACGGAACGAAAACGUCAAACCAGCAGAGUGGAAAUCUACCUUCGGAUGAGCACAUGCUGUCUGGCGAUCCCGAAGCCUAUGCUGAAAAUGGACGCCAGCUGCUCCUGGACCUGCAGCAGAGCCAAGGGCCGCGGGCCGAGGAUGACCUGGUCCGGUUUCCUGUGGAGGGCGAGGUGACGGUCCAGGCCAGGGUUUUGGAGCUGCUCGAUGCUGUGCACUCUCAGCACGAGAAGUGCCGUGAGUUGUGCCGGCAGCAGAGUCAGCUGAUUCGUCUGGACGACCUACGGCAGAAGAUCACCGAGGUUGUGAACUGGUUUGAAGGCCCAGGGGCUGAUAUGCUGAAGGAGCAGCGAGGCAUUGGAGACUCGGCGCGUGCGACACAAGCUCUGCAGCAGAAGCACGAAGACAUCGAGAACCUGUACACGGAGUGGUUCGCCGUCUAUGUGGACCUGGGCCAGCAGAUCUCGGCGCUGCUGUCGGCGGCCGAGACGGCGGAGGGGGAGGAGGACGAGGGGGGGGUCGGCGGCUCGGAGGGCAGCUCGGAGGAACUGCAGGCGCUGCAGCAGCGGCUCAACGACGUGUGCUACCGGCACGCCAUGCAGCUCGAGUACCGGCAGAGCCUGCUGCAGGCCGCGGCGGACUUUCACAGGCUCUCGCAUGACCUGUCGCACAAUCUGGACGGGCUGCUGGGCGUUCUGUGCACGGACGUCCUGCUCGUUGACGGCACCACGGCACAGCAGAGCCUGCGCGUGCUGGAGGAGAAGCUGCAGACCGUGGAGGCCGUGUCACAGGGGCUGCAGGAGAAGAGCCAGGCCCUGUUGGAGCUGCUGGGCAGCCCCCCGCCGCAGGCCACGUGGCGCGGGGAGCCCGGCUCCGGUGACGGCGGCGAGGCCGACACCGGCACCCACGUGCGCGCACUCAUGGACGACAUGCUGCUACGCAAGAAGAGGUGUGAGGACAUGGUGGACGUGAGGAAGCUGAAGCUCCUGCAGAUCAUCCAGGUGCUCAAGUGUGAGGACGACGCCUCCCAGGCGGUGGACUGGCUCGGGGAGCUGCAGGACGCGAUGCUCAAGACGCACACGCAGCUCGGGGAUGACUCGCGCGAGGUCGAGGCGCUGCUGGAGAAACACAAGAAGUGCCACGACGUAGCCCAGAGCACGUACGAGUACGGGCGGGAGCUGCUGCAGGCGUCGGUGCUGAUGCGCAAGUCUCUCCGCUACGCGGGGAAAGCGAGUGGCGAGGUGCUGCCGCGGCUCACGCGCGCCUGGAAGCAGUUCUCUGCCACGUCCGAUGAGCGGGGAUGCCGGCUCGCCAUGGCGCAAGCUUUCCACGCCGCCGCGGAGAAGGUGCUAAGGGAGGAUGCGUCCGGCACGGGCAACGGGAGUCACGACCGCGAGCGGGAGGCGGAGGAGCUGGGGCGCUCGCUGCUGGAUCGGCUAACGAUGCCCGUGAGCCUGCCCGACGGCUCGGAGCAGUUCUUCGGGAGCCCCGGCGACAUGGCCGCGGCGACGGAAGGGAUCCGCGAGAAGCUGCGGCUGCUGGAGCAGAGGCUGAGUGCUCCGUGCGGAACUCCCAACGGCGACUUCUAGCCGCUGGCCCCAAGCGGCCUCCUCCGUUUCGCGCGAGCGGCCCCGGAAUGGCCUCCGGCGCGACUUGCGUGCGGUCGCUCGCCGACGACGAGCCGCCCCUCCCCGCGCGGGCGGGCAACUGUGCCCGCUCACGACGGCCCAGAGCGCCGGAGUUGCAUCUUAACGCCCGGAGUAAAGGCGUCUCGCCCGUUGUGGUGUGGUGACAAGGUCCGUGUUGGGUGGGGGGAGGUGGGGGGGUGGCCAAGUCUUUUCCACAAACGCCUGGUCACACUGCACAGACUUCCGCGCGGGCGCUUCUGGCGGCCGGCCUUGGUGGUCUCCCAAUAACAUGGAACGAGAUUUUUUUCAUUUGCUCGCCGUAUCCUACGGCGAGGUCUCCUGCGCCGCCCUACACUGUGGUGUAAUGGCCUGGCGUCCUGUACACACUACACCGUCGAGGUUUAUAAGCUGGCGAUGGCUUGUAUAUCAUGCUACGAUAGCCUGCGCGGCGUGUUGUUACACCGCACACCAUGGUGUGUAUAACAUGAUAUUCUGUACACCUUAGUGCCCUUUAUUUACACUGCACCUCGCUGCGGCGCACACACACACGCACGCACACACGCACUCGGUAUCCCGUACGUCUCGUACACCGUUUUGCACGCAGCGCGUACCGCACCGAGUCCCGUGGCCUCCCCGUGCACACUGUGAGAGUUGACGGCUGUGUAAACUGCACUGCGAAGCACGCCAGCGCACUAACGGGCUGCACAACAAAGCCCACGAACACGCUCCUCCUCUCUUCGUCGCGUUUAUCUGGCGUGCCGCCGCCGCGGGUGAAUUUCACAACGAAUGAAACGGCAGCGUGUGUGCGCGCCUGUCGCGUUUGCGUCUCGCGUUUUACGAAAAGCAAUGUGGUCCGGUAUCGUGCAAGUGGCUUCCUAUGGUUCAGCCGCUAAUGCAGGGAUUUAAGUGACGAGGGGAAGGGCAUGCGUUAAAGAGAGCGGCGUCGAUUUUACUGAAGGACCUGCGGGAGUAGGGAGCGGAGAGUGAAGCGUAUAACAAUGGGUCCCUGAACGUAGGAUAUUGGUUCGAGAAGAGUACAAGAGGGAAUCUGCAGAAAGUUCCGGGGACGUGCUCAUGUCACCCCGAAUGUUUUGUGCUUGCGUUCAGGAUUUGUGCGGCCUACAGCGAAUGUGUUAUCCCUGGGCUUUAAAGCGGCGAGAUUAGCGAACUCCCGUCCCUUUUUGCAAUAAGUGAAAUAUUUUAGCAAUGACAAAUUGGAUUUUCGAUGGAAGUAAGUUGAUUGGAAAUUGCAAGCCUCUUCGGUUUUUAAAAAAAUGUAUUCUUGCAAGGGAAAGUACGGUUUAUCAUCUUAAAACAACGGGGCACAUUCAUUUUUGUCGGUUUUUGUUCAAGUGUUGCAGUGAAGGUGCACGCCGACGACUGCAUAUUAUUAAUGACGAUCGGGAUGGGUAUAUCUUUUUUUUACCUACUUGGGUAGAUGGUGGCAAUAUUUUCUACUUCGCCACAUUUCCCAUCGUGGUCAUACAGCAGUCUUGAUUAACUUGAUGGUAAUAAAUAGCGCACGGUAAACUUCUUAAUCAAUAGAAGCAAUAGAAGCUUCUUGCAGUUAUGUUAGGCUCCGGGUAAUUUUCUCUUAUUUAUUAGAAUAUUUUUUUUUUAAGCAGGCUGGACAUUUUUUACUUUUUUUUUUUUACUAUCCGCUUGAUGCUAUAAAUGGUGCUGAAGUAA